AUGUUUUCUGUCACUGAUCCGGCGAUUCGUUCAUACAUUCUGUACUCCAGUAUCCUGGCGCUAAAAGUUCUAUUUAUGGCCGUGUUGACGGGAAGAGUGCGUUACGGUAAGAAGAUUUUCGCGAAUGAAGAAGACGCAAAAUUCGUUAAAGGAAAACUGAAGUUAGAUGAUCCAGAUGUCGAAAGAGUACGAAGAGCACAUUUGAAUGAUCUUGAAAAUAUACCAGCCUUUUGGAUAUUAGGAGCUUUGUAUCUAACAACAGGUCCUAUAGCUGAAUUUGCUUGUGUAUUGUUCAGAUGGUAUACAGGGUGCCGCAUUGUUCACACAUUCGUGUACGCAGUAAAACCCAUGCCUCAACCUGUGAGGGGUAUUGUAUAUGGGAUUUCAUAUUUAAUUAAUUGUUAUAUGGCUAUACAAAUUAUAUGGCAUUAUAGUGGUGCUCUGUGA